AGCGCGGCCCGGGGAAUGAUGGAGGCGGCAGAGACUAAGGCGGAGGCCGCUGCCCGAGAGGCCCUGGCCAAGGUGGCAGACAUCCUGGAGCCUCUAGGUCUUCAGGAGGAGGCAGAACUGCCCGUGCAGAUGCUGGCUGAGUUUGUGAUGGUGCGUACAAGAUGGGAGCUAGCCUUUCACAAGCCAGGGACUGCUCCUGGGUCCUCCUAGUGAGACACUGGGCAGCGAUAAUGGACUCCCGGAAGAAAGACAAGCUCCUCUGCAGCCAGCUUCAAGUAGUAGACUUCCUGCAGAAUUUCUUGGUUCAGGAAGGCACUGCCCAGGACCUGAACCCCUUGGCCUCUGAAGACACGAGCCGGCAGAAGGCAAUUGAAGUCAAAGAGCAGUGGAAAGAGCUGAAGGCCACCUACCAAGAGCACGUGGAGGCCAUCACCAGUUCCCUGACCCAGGCACUGCCCAAGGUGGAGGAGGCCCAAAGGAAGCAGGCCAAGCUCCAGGAGGCCCUUGAACAACUCCAGGCCAAGAAGCAAAUGGCCAUGGAAAAACUCAGAAUAGUCCAGAAGCAGUGGCAGCUACAACAGGAGAAGCGUCUGCAGCAUCUGGCAGUGGUUUCUUCAGAGGUGAGGGAGCGUCAGACAGGAACUCAGCAGGAGCUUGAACAGCUAUAUCAGGAACUUGGAACCCUGAAGCAGCAGGCAGGGCAGGAGCAGUACAAGCUGCAGAGGCACCAGACCUUCCUCCACCUGCUAUACACCCUUCAGGGUAAGCUGCUUUUCCAUGAGGCUGAGGCAGAGGUGCCACAAGAGUUGGAUCUUCCUAAGGAUAAGCCCCAGCAGCUGACCCAGCCCCAGGAGCAGAACAUUCGGGACACCAUGGGGAGAGAUGAAUGUGUGUCCUCCAAGGCCAACAACCCGCAGCCUGCUGGAGAUACAGGCUUACCAUGGCUUCCUGGGAGACAGCAACAUGGGGAAGGAUCCUAGAUCAGGUCAGACUCCAACUCAGGCUAUGGUGUCCCUGGACUGUAGGUAUGGCAGGAGCGAGGGUCUCUGGUCUAUCUGUCUCUGUUUCUGUGCUCCGCUAUUCAUGGAGGGGAUGGGACAUGGGGAGGAGCAAGGAGUUUAUCUUAUGGAUGAAGUUUUGUACAUUAUCCCCAUAUCCAGCCUACCGUGGGCUAAUCCCUCUCUUCCUCUUCCCCAGCUCUCUGGCCUCACCCACAUUGCAGGAUGGACUUAAACUCCUUGAGUGCAGCCUGAUUUUUGACUACAUACCAGGUCGGGGCAGGCUCUGGAUUCUGUUUAUGAAAAGCCCUGGAGUUCUCUCAGUUGCCUGUUUUUCCGCUUAUCUUCAUAUGUUGGUGGGAAGAACCACACUCAUAGGCCAGCAACAAGAUAGGUGCUGGGACUGGUGUGAAUAGAGAGGGUACAGAUGGGGAAGGGGCCCUGGCCUGGGGCAUCAGGGGCUGCUUGUCCAAAGGGAUAUACUACAAACAUGCUGAGCUUAAUUCAGGGAGAAGGUGAAUGCUUUAUGCAGGUGAUUAGAUGUGGGAGGAUAAUUUUAAUUACUGAUCCAAAUGUUUACUGAAUCUCUGAUUUGUGCCAGGUCCCUUGCUAUGAACUGGAGCUACAGCAGUGGGCUUAUCUGACCAGUCCCUGCCUACAUGGAGCAUAAUGAGAAUGAACAAUUGAAAAGAUAAAUAGGAUGAUUUCAGGGUGUGUUAAAACAGGGUAGCAAACUAAAACAGAGUAAUACAAUGAAGAUCAAUAGUGAGAGUAUAGAGACCCCCAUCUGUGUAUAUUGGCCUGUGUCUAUGAGUCAGUAUUUCUAUUUGUGUUUGUAUGUGUGUGUUUCUGUGUCUUUGUUGCUUUCAGUCUCCAUUCCUCUGUGUGUCUGUCGCUGGGUGUGUGGACAGGGGCGGGCACUACUGUGUUUGAGAAAGAGAUUGCAUUCCUGAUUGAGAGUGUGGAAACUGCUACUUCAGAGAGAAAGAGAGAAAAAUGACAGUUCUCAGAGCGUAGAAAACUCAUUUUCCAUAUGAGAAAAGGACCUUCAUGUGAGAGAAAGACCUAAACAUCCCCAUGAGAAAGACACUGGGGCCUUUUGUUUUUGGUGAGAGAAAGUUUUAAGAGUCAGUGUUCCCUGUCUGUCUCAGACUGGGUCACCUUCUCUCAGGUGGAGAUUGAGAUCCUUGUGCAUUCCGAUGGUUUGCCCUGCUUUACUAAGGUGUCCCUAGUUUUCUCUCAAAUUGUCUUUUCAAAUGUGUUGGCCCCAUUUUUUACGUAUGAAAUAGGAUAAUUAUCAGAGGUCUUUGGGCUCAGAGAGGAUUGAGGAUACUCCACCAGGGAGCACACAAAUGCCCACAGAGUGGCUUCCUCAAUCUACUCAUCCCCCUCCCUCCCACAUGGUUCCUGCUGUAGCCUUCUAGUAACCCAAAUAUCCAGUCCCAUUUUUCCAUCCCUCCUACUGGAUAGGCUCCCUUACCCCUACAGUCUCAUUUACUUUCUAGUCUCAUGUUCUCCAAAAUGUCUGCAGCACAAACGAGAGAGCAAGAGUACAUAUAUAUAUAUCCACCCCAGGAAAAGAGUGUCUACUAAGGGACACUGGGGUGUGGGUUGGGAUGUUGUGGAGUUUCCCUAUCUUUGCAUACAUUAUGGCUGUCAGCAAGUCAGCAGGGAAGAGAAGACACUCACAUGAAGCCCACCAAGAUGGGGGUUAAGGAUAAUACCCUGAGAUACUCCAAGCCAGGGACAGGGGAAGGAGAUUGGGCAGAUGUACAGUAAUCAAGCACAGAGGUCUGCAAACUUCUGGGAACCAGAUUUCUCUCAAGGAGUGUGAAAUGCAUCAGUCCACACUGAGGCCAAAGAGGAGGGGAGGCUUGAUUAUCUGUUAUGUUCAAAGCCCUUGAUUUGCCCAUGUGGCUGGAGCCUCAAGUUGGCCGGAAGUGUCUUGACUGACCAGCUCAGGAAUUGGGACUUGCUGUCAGAUAGAAGAUGGACUUCAGCUUCCAGCUCUUCUCAGCCCUCUGUUAGGCCCUUAAAGACUAUUCUUGUUCAUUGAUACUUGCACAAGGUAGAUGUGUGCAAGGAGGAAUACUACC